AUGGCUGUCCAAAACAUCCGAGCCCUUGUGCCUGUCACCCUCGACCUCAGCUCGUCCAACUUAAACAAGUGGCGCGGUCAAUUCCUCACCACCUUGGGCAAGUACUCCCUCACCGCCCAUGUCCUCUCCGACGACUCUCAACCCGACUCGCCCAAUUUGUGUCGCAUGGACUGCAUCGUGCGCGAGUGGUUGUACGGCACCAUCUCCCACGACCUCUGCGAGAUCGUCAUGGAGUCCGGCGUCACUGCGCGAGCCGUGUGGACAGCCCUCGAAGGGCGAUUCAUCGACAACAAGGAGACACUCUCUCUUCACCUCGAUGCCGAGUUUCGUGCCUUCGUCCAGGGAGACAUCAACAUCUCGGACUACUAUCAUCGCUUGAAGAGCAUGGCCGACGCUCUCGACGAUCUUAGCGAGCCUGUCCUCGACCGAAUUCUCGUGCUUGCGAUCCUCCAUGGCUUGAACGAGAAAUUUGCGUACAUGGCGGCACUCCUAAAGCGACAACAUCCUUUCCCGACGUUUCUUGAGGUGCGGUCUGACUUGCUCCUCGACGAACUUGAGAUGGCCUCCCGUCCCAGCCCGUUGUCCACAGUCCUCGUCGCCACGGCCUCCUCUGGGGCCAAGGACAGUGCACUGCCAUCCGGUGGCCAGGGCGCUACCACCACCAGCCGUAGCAGUGCCUCUUCCUCCGGCGGGUCCUCUAGUGCUAACUGUUGA